AUGGAGCAACCACAGCCCCGACCGGCGGACAUUAGGAUCGAAACCGAAAGAUUUGACGCUCUCGCCUACUCCUAUCCCUCUUCCCAACAUGCCGUACAAUCUCUCGCCGGUUGGGGAAUGGAAUCGAGCCACGCCUCCGAGCCGAUAAACCAGUUCCAAGAACUGUCCACGCCGAUAGGAUGGGCCCAACAGAUGUCGACGACAGCACCGAGCACCCUGGGUUUGAUAACGGCGGCGGAACCGCAGUAUGUUCCUCAGACAACGGACUGGCACCAAGAUUCAAGCUUUGGGUACGCUGGCUUUGUCGAGUCGGGUUGGUCGCGGUCGAAUUCGGUGUUUUGGGAUCCUGACGCGUUUGUCACGGCCAACAACCCACAACUAGCAGCCGAUGUAACCACUCUUCCGCCGUCAAUCGCCCCAGCUUACUCUCCUCCACAACCCGAGAUCGAAUCACCGGUUUCCCUCUUGUCGACCGACUGGCAAAACGACGGCCUAGACCGGCACCGGCCCUACCAACUCCCACCGACCAGCGGAUAUAACUUCGGUAGCGAGGGAAGAAGCGGGGUGGAUGGGACAUGGGAUGAGAGUAAGCCGAGACGGCCGCCCAUCCAGACGAAGGACCUUUACGGUGCCGAUCACUCAAUAAACCGGUUUGCUACCCUGCCGGGGAGACGAGACUCGGCCUCGGACAUCAGCAGCCACACGGCCUCCCCCGCAUACAGCGUGGUCGGGCCGAGUUUUGACGACGUCGACGCUGCCGACGCUGCCUACCUCAGCGACACCACCACCGUCUCCUUCAGCAAACCAACCCGCCCCCGCCGACGAGCAACCCCGCCCUCCCCGGCAACAGCGGGGGAUGAUCACAAUGACAGCCACCACAACCACGACCACGGCCUCCUAAAAGAACCCCCCUCCCAACACCAAACCGAAACUCCAACCGAAACCCAACAACCCCCAACCCAACCCCCGACACCAACCCCAUCCCAAGCGCGCACCCAAGCCCGCAACCGCAACCGCGCCGCCGCCUCCCGCUACCGCGCCAAAACCCAAGCCGCCUCCGCCCGGCUGGAAGCCACAGCCCGCACGGCCGCCGCCCGCCACCGCGUGCUGCGCGCCCGCGCCUCCCGCCUGCGCGACGAGGUCGUCCGCCUCAAGCACGAGCUGCUGGCGCGGCAUGCGGGGUGCGAUUGUGCCAUGAUUAGGGGGUAUUUGGAGGGGGCGGUGAGGGGGGUGCUGAAUUGUUGA